AUGUCACCCUCAAUCUCCGACGGGCAAAGCGAAAUGCCAACCACCACCGCCACCCCUUUCCUCCACCACAACCGGUGGCUCCCCUCCUCCAUCAGACUGAAAACAACCCUUUUCUCAGAGCUCUCCGGCGCAGUUGGUGACCUAGGGACGUACAUACCCAUCGUGCUGGCUCUAUCUCUGGUCAACAACUUGGACCUCACCACCACACUGGUCUUCACUGCGCUCUACAACAUCGCCACCGGCUUGCUCUUCGGCCUCCCCAUGCCGGUCCAGCCAAUGAAGUCCAUCGCCGCCGUUGCCAUUUCCGCCGCGCCCCCGCUCACCAUCGCCCAGAUAGCCGCUGCUGGGCUCUCCGUCGCCGCCGUCCUUCUCAUCCUCGGAGCCACUGGCCUCAUGUCCGUCCUCUACCGCUACCUCCCCCUCCCCGUCGUCCGCGGCGUUCAACUCUCCCAAGGCCUCAACUUCGCCUUCUCCGCCGUCAAAUACAUUCGCUACGACCAAGAUCUCGCCAAAUCAAAAUCCGGCCCACCGCGCCCCUGGUUCGCCCUCGACGGCAUCGCCCUCGCCCUCGCCGCCGUCCUCUUCCUCGUCCUUACCACCGGCGCCGGCGACGGACCCCCGCCACCACCACCACAAGAAGAAAAUGAAAACAGAGUCAGGGUUACCCGGAGGUUGAGGGUUUUGUCAACUGUUCCCGCGGCGUUGAUAGUGUUUUUGUUUGGUUUAGUGCUGUGUUUUAUUCGUGACCCUUCGAUUUUCGGAAAUCUUAGGUUCGGGCCUUCGAGAAUUUCGGUGGUUAAGAUUACCUGGGACGAUUUCAAAGUUGGAUUCGUUAGCGCCGCAAUUCCUCAAAUUCCGUUAUCCGUUUUGAAUUCAGUUAUUGCGGUUUGUAAGCUGUCCGGGGAUUUGUUCCCCGAACGUGAAGCUUCGGCGAUGCAUGUUUCAGUGAGUGUGGGGCUUAUGAAUUUCGUGGGGUGUUGGUUCGGAGCCAUGCCUUGUUGCCACGGAGCUGGAGGUUUGGCGGGACAAUACAGGUUCGGGGGUAGGAGUGGUGCCUCGGUGGUGUUCCUUGGGAUUGCAAAGCUGGUGCUUGCUUUGGUGUUUGGAAACUCUCUUGGCAGAAUCUUGGGUGAGUUUCCGAUUGGGAUUCUUGGGGUGCUUUUGUUGUUUGCAGGGAUUGAAUUAGCUAUGGCUGCUCGAGACAUGAACACCAAACAAGAGUCCUUUGUCAUGCUUGUUUGUGCUUCUGUUUCACUCACCGGUUCCAGUGCUGCUUUGGGUUUCUUUGUGGGCAUUUUUCUCUUCUUGUUCCUCAAAUUGAGGGAGGUUGAAUGUGCAGGUUUUGGGUUUGGUUUUUGCUCAUCCAACAAGAUCAAGUCUUCUCUGGAGGAUGAGCAAGCUACCUUAAUUGCCUAG